AAAGAACAUGAACAAUAAAAUAGCUCAGAAAAGAACUAAAAAUUCUGGUGUCAAACUAGAUAACGAGUAUGCCCAAGGACAGUUUAGGUGAGGUUUAUGUGAUAAAAUAUUCUCACAAAAAGGCAACAUGAUGAGGCAUUAUAAUGCAUUACAUACAGAGAAUGAAUACAAUGAGAAAAUGAAGAAACUAACUGAUCUCAUUUUUGAAAGUGAUGCAUCCAAGAACCAAGACAUUGAUGUUAAUCAGGCCCAGCUUCAGAUUAAUACCGAGCUAGUACAGCAGGAGAUAUCUAGACUAAAGAAUUUACCUAGGCCUAAUAAGGAGACAUUUGAUUGUAAAGAAUGAUCAAAAUAAAUUCAAAUAUAACCAUGACCUAAAAAUCCAUGUAAAAAUUCAUGAUGAUGAAAGCUUAUGGGAUUAUGAAUGACAAAAAUGCCAUAAGAAAUUCUACAGAAGACAAACUUUUGAAAAGCAUGCCCAAAAAUGUACUCUUUCAUUCAAAGAUCUCGUACAUGGAGAAAAGGAUGAAAACGAGCUCACAGAGGAGCAAAAGAAAGAGAGAGAAAGGCACACUAGAAUGCUUGAGAAAGUAGAAGAUAAAGACAUCGAGAAGGAAGCCAAAACCCUAGCUAAAGAAAAGCAAGAACAAGAUAAUAGCCAAAUCAAAGAAGAAACUAAAGAGGACCAGAAGCAGAAGGAGAUCCAGAACAAGGUAUCUAACCCCAAUCAGACAAUCGAACAUAAGAUAGAGUGUGAGCAUAGAGCAGGAUGCAACAAGAGCUUUGACACCUUAAAGCAGUACUUUAAGCAUCAUAAUUACCACUUCGCCUUCUGCAGAGAGGACAAGAAAAGACUUAAGAAUGAAAUCAGAUUGUAUAAAGAUCUGUUGAAAAAGAAGAAUAAGCAGUUGAAAACCCUGAAUGAAGAAAAGAGCGAAAUUGAAAGACAGCUUAAAAGAUAUAAAUCUGCAGCAGAGAUUCCACAUAUGGACUAAUAAACAAUAUAUGGCAUUUAGAAUAAAUUCAAUUUA